AUGAGCUAUCAAAUAACACUGCAGGAUUGCAUCAAUGAUAACACCUUCGAUAUCGAUGCAUUCGAACGAGCCAUUCAGCAACAGGUUCCACAAUACUUCCAGAAUCUAGCCGAAGAGAAUCCGCAGUUUGCCACACUCGGUUUGGUGCCAUCCACGGACGGUGAAAAUGGAUUUACCGCUGGCAGCAGAACUAGAACCGGCUCUGGUGGCAGUGGAGGCAGUAGUAGUGAAGAUAGUAUUCUAAUUGAAUUUGAGAAAAUUAAUGAACAGGAGGACGGAGGUUAUUAUGAAAACAAUACUCUAAACGAAGAAGGAGAGCCAUCGCAUGCUACAAUCACAAUAGAGGGACCUGAUAAUCAAAUAUUGGCCCGAUACCGUUGCAACUAUGGGAGUUGUAAACGAAGCUACAGCACGGUCGGUAAUCUGCGGACUCACAUGAAAACUCAUAGAGGUGAAUACAAAUUCAAGUGCACCGAGGAUGGCUGUAGCAAGGCGUUCCUGACCUCAUACAGCCAGAAGAUUCACAUCAGAGUUCACACCAAAAUAAAGCCGUACGUUUGUGCGGAAAGCAGCUGCAGGAAGGCGUUCAACACUCGAUACCGGUUGCGCGCACAUCAGCGUUUGCACAAUGGAGAAACAUUCAAUUGUGAGGUGUGUUCGAAGUUCUUCACUACACUGAGUGACCUCAAAAAGCACUCACGCGUCCAUACGCAGGAGAGGCCUUACAAAUGCAAAGAGGAGAAAUGCGGCAAAGCUUUCACUGCAUCACAUCAUCUAAAAACCCAUAUUCGUACUCAUUCAGGCGAGCGUCCAUUCUCCUGUGGUGUAUCCGAUUGUCACAAAUCGUUCAGUACUCCCCACAGUCUUAAAUCACACACCAAAACCCACGAGAAACCGAAGAAAAAAUCCUCAAAAGCUAGAAAACAAAGAAAACCGGUUCGACCUGUUAAGGAAGAUCAAAGUAUAGUCAAGCAAGAGGCCAAUCCUGAGCUAAUAAUAGAAGAUGAAAUGCCACCGUUGGACGGAGCAGAGCAUCCGGAGAAUCGGGAAAACGUACCGCAGCUCCAGGAAGCUCCCUACAAUAUGGUCGACUUUCACGAAUCGAAAGCGUUGGAGAUGGCACUGGCAUCCGAAGAGGAAUUCAACGCCCCUUGGGUGGACAUUUCGGUGCUAGAGACAAAACCAUUAGCAUUGGAUCCGGUCACUUCCUCUUGUGUGGCUUUGCCUACCAGUGUUCCGUCUUAUGUCGACCUUCCGUUCAACGUGAACGUCGCUGAUUUUACCGAACCGGAGCAGGGUGGCAGUGGGGAAUUGUUUCUGGGAACUUAUUACGAUGAAAAUUUACUGGAGGAGAGUGCGAGGAAAGAGAUCGAUGAAGCAAUCCAAAUAAGCGAACAAAAUGUUGCGAAACUGGACCAGAUGGGCAGUCAGGAUACGGAUACAAUUUUGAACGAGUUGUUUAUGGAAGGUUUACUAUCUACGGAAUCGGAGCAGCAGGAUAAUAACAACAAUGACUGUUCUGAACCAAUUAAAACACUAAAAGAUAUAACAGCGGAUGCCGACAUUUGCCGGUGUGUCAACUGUCAGUGCGAUCCCCAGCAAGGUUGUAUCGGUGGAUGUGGUCCGGAACGGCCAUGUAGACCGAAAUCCGUAUCAACCCAUGAAAGGCAGUAUCAGCAGCAGCAGCAGCAACAACAACAACAACAAUCACCCUCCCCUCAAGUACUGACAAGUAAUUUUAAUGCAUAUCGAGCUCAUGAACAGCAACAAACGAGAUCGACGGAAUCCAAUACAGUCAAUGUCUGUCAUGGUAAGAAAGAAACCACAUCCACCAUGUCAACCGGCACUGGCUGCUGUUCGUCAAAAUCAGGCUGUGCCGAACCGGCCGCUUCGGAACCCAUUUCCGAACUGCUGACAAGCCUCAUUGGACAAGCGAGCUGCAACUGCAACAGUCCCGCGGAAGGUGUCUCCAAGGGAUGCUGUGUGGUCAUCUGUCUAAAAACGCUGGAAACGCUUAAACAAGUGCUUACCACACAGCCGAACUUGAUUCGGUGCCAUAGUACCAGUGGUAGUGCCAUCGCAAAUUGAAUGGGAAAUGAAGAAGGCCCACCGAGGCUCCAACGGAACAAAGAUUAGUCAGAUAGGUUUUAAAGUUAUUCGUUCAAAGUGCCGUUCAUAGUUAUUAUUGGUUUGUAUUCUGAAUUUUACUAUUUUUUUUAAAUGUGAAGUGCAAUCAAAGUUAUCUCUUCGGGAAGAGAAUUGAUCUUACUAUAGUUACAGAUAUGAAAAUAUUUAUUUGAAGCAAUCUUGGGAAAUAUGGUUGGUUUGCUUUGCUGCUUUGCAUUUAUUCUGCUGGCAGCAGACAGCAUUUUUUGGUCAAUUGCUGUUGGGUCAGUUAUUCAUAAAAUAUUUCUAAUUUCCUUAAAUGAAUUUCUAUUUACUAUGGUAUUACGAGAGUAAAAUAAGCAUGUUAUAAAUCUAUUUUAGGCUAAAUAAUACGGUUUUCAAAAACGUUACGAAUUACAGAUUGAUCGUAUAUUUUAUCGAGUUGAAAAUUUAGGUUGAAUUCUAUGCAAGUGUGUUUUGCACACUUCCGCCAACAAUGAAAUAGUAAUCCAAACAGACAUUGGCCAAAUUUUUGUGGUGCCAUCGUCAUGUAGCUACAAACUUCAUUAUCCUUGCAAUAAACUAUGCAUCUGUGCUGCGUGAAAUGUUGCGCAUUUAGAUUCGAUUUCUGAAUCUGCUUACCUGUGCCAGUUGUGUGUUGCUUCCAGCAUGAAUAAAUAGAAUAGGAGAAGAAUUCGUUCUACACUUUGCAGAGAUUUCGAGAUGAAAUAUAAUGUCUAUGCUUUUUUGAAAAA